GCUGGGAGGAUGAGAUCAUAGUUUCAGGAUCCUCAGGAAACCCUGGUACUGGCAGCAGCCAGCCUCUGCUGUGCCCACAUGACCCACAACUCUGGCAGCGGACCCGGCACUUCCAACAUGAUUAAAUAAUAAGCAAGCGGCUCCUGCUUCAUGCCCACACCUCCCUACAGACCAAUGGACACCUUCUAAGAGUUUGGCGAGUCGGUGACCGAGGCGCCCGUCCGUUCCAAGCUAAUACUCAUUAAUUAAAAUUGGCAUCUAUGAAAAUGGAAUUAAUAAUACCUUCAGACAAGAUAUGUGAAUGAUUGAAGAUAGUGGGAAAAAAGGAAAUACCAUGGCAGAAAGAAGACAGCUGUUUGCAGAGAUGAGAGCUCAAGAUCUGGAUCGCAUCCGACUCUCCACCUACAGAACAGCAUGCAAGCUGAGGUUUGUGCAGAAGAAAUGCAAUUUGCACCUGGUGGACAUUUGGAAUGUCAUAGAAGCAUUGCGGGAAAAUGCUCUGAACAACCUGGACCCAAACACAGAACUCAACGUGGCCCGCUUGGAAGCUGUUCUCUCCACUAUUUUUUAUCAGCUCAACAAACGGAUGCCCACCACUCACCAAAUCCAUGUGGAACAGUCCAUCAGUCUUUUGUUGAACUUCCUGCUGGCAGCCUUUGACCUGGAAGGCCAUGGUAAAAUCUCUGUAUUUGCUGUCAAAAUGGCUUUGGCUACACUGUGUGGAGGGAAGAUCAUGGACAAAUUAAGAUAUAUUUUCUCAAUGAUCUCUGACUCCAGUGGAGUAAUGGUUUAUGGACGAUAUGACCAGUUCCUUCGGGAAGUUCUCAAACUACCCACAGCAGUUUUUGAAGGUCCGUCAUUUGGUUACACAGAACAGUCAGCUAGAUCCUGCUUCUCCCAGCAGAAAAAAGUGACAUUAAAUGGCUUCUUGGACACGCUCAUGUCAGAUCCUCCCCCACAGUGUCUGGUCUGGCUGCCUCUUCUGCAUCGAUUGGCCAAUGUAGAAAAUGUCUUCCAUCCCGUUGAGUGCUCCUACUGCCACAGCGAGAGCAUGAUGGGAUUUCGUUACCGCUGCCAGCAGUGUCACAACUACCAGCUGUGCCAGGACUGCUUCUGGAGGGGACAUGCCGGGGGUUCCCAUAGCAACCAACACCAGAUGAAAGAGUAUACAUCCUGGAAAUCACCUGCAAAGAAGCUAACAAAUGCAUUAAGCAAGUCCUUGAGCUGUGCUUCCAGCCGUGAACCUUUGCACCCCAUGUUCCCAGACCAGCCUGAGAAGCCACUCAAUUUGGCGCACAUCGUUGAUACUUGGCCUCCCAGACCUGUAACCAGCAUGAACGACACUCUUUUCUCCCACUCUGUUCCCUCCACAGGAAGCCCUUUUAUUACCAGGAGGAUACAGUACAGCCUGAACGUGGCAGACAGACUAGCUGAUGAACAUGUUCUCAUUGGGUUGUAUACCAGCAUGCUCCGGAACAACCCGUCAUGUAUGCUUGAGGGUUCAAACCGGCUUGAUGAAGAACACAGGUUGAUUGCCAGAUACGCAGCCCGAUUGGCAGCAGAAUCUUCCUCGUCUGUAAGUAAUCAGCCAGCUCAGCAGAGGAGUGCCCCUGACAUCUCCUUCACCAUCGAUGCAAAUAAGCAACAAAGGCAGCUGAUUGCAGAGCUAGAAAACAAGAACAGAGAAAUCCUACAGGAGAUCCAGAGGCUACGGCUAGAGCAUGAGCAAGCUUCCCAGCCCACACCAGAGAAGGCACAGCAGAACCCCACCCUGCUGGCAGAACUGCGGCUCCUCAGACAGCGCAAGGAUGAGCUGGAACAGAGGAUGUCUGCUCUCCAGGAGAGCCGAAGAGAGCUGAUGGUCCAGUUAGAAGGUCUCAUGAAGCUACUAAAGACUCAAGGAGCAGGAUCUCCUCGCUCCUCCCCCAGCCACACCAUCAGCAGGCCCAUCCCCAUGCCCAUCCGGUCAGCAUCUACCUGCUCCACACCGACGCACACACCUCAAGACUCUCUCACUGGGGUAGGGGGAGAUGUGCAGGAGGCCUUUGCACAAAGUUCAAGAAGAAACUUAAGGAAUGACUUGCUGGUGGCUGCAGACUCUAUCACUAAUACCAUGUCAUCUCUGGUGAAGGAGCUGAACUCUGAGGUGGUGAGUGAAGCAGAUAGUAACAUGGAUUCUGAAUUUGCAAGGACCCAGUAUGAGGACCUGGUUCCAUCACCAACCUCUGAAAAGGCGUUUCUAGCGCAAAUCCAUGCCAGAAAACCUGGGUACAUUCACAGUGGAACUACCAGUACCGGGCAUGGUGACAUAGUUACGGAAGAUGGUAUUCCCUAUGCCCAAGCGGAGGAUGAGAACUAUGAGGAUGACUCUGUCCGGCAGCUGGAGAAUGAGCUGAAGAUGGAGGAGUACCUGAAGCAGAAGCUGCAGGACGAGGCCUGUCAGGUCAGCUUGCAAGGUUGAAUGCAAUAUCCUUUUAUCACUCUCCUCUCAAGUAAGCUAUAGUCAGACAGAUGAUGACAGUAACACGCAAGCUGGAGAUGGAGAGCUGUGCUCACAGAGAGGAGGAAGAAGCAGUCUGGCAGCAGCCUCGCUGGAGGAGGAGCCACCAACCACACCCAGCAGCUCCUGGCACCCCCACCCUAAAGAUGUGUUCCGAUGCCUGUAGUGCAGCUAAUGUUCUGUUCUGAGAUUUGUAGUUCCUAGGUGUGUGUUUUAGAGAGUGAGGAAGACUUUUCUUCCAAGAUAAUUUAUCAGCUCCAUCUCACAUGGCUCAUCCCUGUUUCAAAACAAACAUACAGAGGCUGAGAACCUGCUGCUGUUACACACGAUGGCAGUAUUAACAAGCAUUUUAAACCUUUGCACAUGACCUUGAACCUGUUCAGUUUACAAUGACAAUAUUAAUACUGUUUAUAGCUAGAGGUUUGAUUUCUGGAUUCUUUGACACUUUAGUAACCGUUUAUUGUACACUGUACAUUUUGUUUCCACAGCAGUUGGGAAAAAACAACCACUUCCCAUUGGAUUUGGUUCCUGAGUGUACAGACUCAGAUUCAGAGCCCAGAAGCCAAGAAUGGUCCUUGGCCUGAACUUGGCUGUAAGUCCCUAUGAGCAGCGACUUGAACCAAACCCCAGGAAUCACCCAUUCCCGGGGACUUCUUUCCAACUUGGGGUUGUUUUCUUUCAAAAUAUUCUAACAAGUCAGCCAUAGAAUUUAGUGUAAAUACUUUUUCCAAAUAGAUAGCAUAUUCAAAAAAAAGAGAACAUUCAAAUUAUAUAGAAUCUAGUUUUUAAAAUCAGCACAGAUCUUCUUAAAAACUGUGAACUAUGUUUUGAAAUACUCGUUACUAAACCACAGGUGCCAUAAAAUCCCCAGAUGGACUAAAGUUACCUGCACUCUUCCAUGGUCGUGUUCUUCGCAUUGUACCCUUAGGACGCAUGUCUCACACAGCACUGCUCAUUCACAAGUUCCCACGUCGGGUCAUCCGGAGGCCUUCAGCUUUAAAUGUACAGGCUUAAAGUGCGCUUGCAAAUGUUCCUCUCCUUUUCUUUCUGAAUGUUUAUUGCCUUUGCAGCCACCUGUUCUGCAUGCAGUAUCGUGUGGUCAUGUGAAAGGAGACAGGCUCUUCACAUCAUCAUGUUGGGAUUUUGCACUCAGUCUGAAGCUGAUGUGCAAAACAACUAUCAAAGACAAUGGAUACAAGACUGUGGAUGGGCCUUUAUGAGGCCGCUUUUAGGGAUUCUGGGAAAAAUGGAAAAAUUAUCAUUUGUUUCAAGAUUGGAGGUGGAAAGAAAAAAAAGCCAGUAUGAUGUUGGCUAUAUUAUGCUUGAAUGAGCAGCUUCUCUGGAAUUCACAUUUUUCCUUUGAAAGAAAGAAGAGAACAUCAUGGCAGAAUAUUGGGUCUGAAAUUAUGCCCCUCAGACCAGCAGCAUCAGAAUCACCUAGAAAAGUCUUAAAAAUGCACCCACACUUAAGUUCCAGCCCAGUCCUUAGAAUCAGAACCCUGGGAUCUGGGCCUAGAAAUUAAUGUUUUAAUCAGUUCUCCUAAUGAUUCUGAUGCAUGCUAAAGACUGAAAAGUACUGUCUUAUAAUCAAGUUGCAGUCUCUGAGAAGGCCUUAUUUGGGGUUGGGAACAUAGCUUACUUGGUAGAGUGUUUGCCUAGCAUGUAUCAAACACUAGAUUUGAUCCCUAGCACUGCAUAAACUAGGUGCAAUGGCCCCUAUAUUCCCAUAACUUGGGAGGUGAAGGUAGGAGGACCAGAAGUUCAAGUUAAGCCUCCACUACUAAUGAGUUUGAGGCCAGCCUGGGUAUAUGAGACUGUCUCAAAACCAAAAUAAAGGCCUUAUUCAGAAUAAGUGAAAAGGGUUUUAAGUCAAACUCAAAGUUUGGUGAUUCAAAGCUGGCAGGGCAGUUUGUGGGUGGCAGCUGAGAAUACACCUGAUCAGGGUAUUAUGUUAUGGUAGCCACACCUGGCCAGGGCAUUUGUUGGGUGGUAGCUGAGCACACACCUGGUUGGGGUAAUAGGUGGUAGUAGCCUCACUCCUGGUCAGGUAUUGUGGGUGGUAGCUAGAACAUACCUGGUCAGGGUAGUAGGUGAUGGUAGCUUCACACCUGGCCAGGUACUGGUGGGUGGUUACUGAGAGCCACCUCUGUGCCAUCUUCAGGUCCCAUCUACAAAGGGUCAUCAGCAGUCUUGCCUCAGUACAUAGUCAAAAACUAUCUCCUCAACUGCCCUUUGGAGAAAAAUCACUUGUUUGGGGGAUAAUAAAGUGCUUGUUUGGCAUCAGUAAUGGACCCUGUGCUGUCCCCAGAUUUAUUUAACCAUACUUCCAUUCCAAAAGCCCACCUCACAAAAGUCCCUGAGCAUAGGCUAGCACCAAAGUCGCACAAGUGCAUGGUUCUCUGAUUUCUUUGCACGGGUGGAGUCUACUGCAGGUUUUGUUCUUAUGUCUACAUGUUGAUCUCUCUUCCCCUGCCCAGCCAUUGUGAAACCACACCUCUCUCAUGGUGCAGGUGGACACUGGUGCCUCAUACUCAGUACUGGAAACCACUACAUCCCAGUUACCCUACAUUACUGUCAGCUCUGGAUCAGAGCCAGUAGUUCUUAAACUCUGACCCUUCAAGUGGCCCUCAGCCUCCGACUGGACUGAGCUGACCUAUAUUGUCUCAGUGUUUCUUCAUCAAAAUGUGUGUCUAAGGUUUGAACUCUUCUGCUGAAAACCUCCCCACUUGUCACAGGUUCCAUUGCCAACCAGCAUCGUCAUAAGGUGUUCAUUCCGUCUUACAAAGAACUCUGGAAACCAUCUUCAAUGACUAAUUUCUCACUAACUGGCCACCUUUUCUCUCUCUUAGCUCCACGUCCGCACUGAGACCAGACCCAAGCACCUCAGUCCUGUAAUCGAGACAAAAUGGCAUGUGUUGUUUUGGGGUUUUGUGAUCGUUGGUGGAUUUCUUUCCUUGGCUCUCCAGGUUUACUUUGGAGGCCUGCUCUAAGUGCAGACCCAGUAGGUUUCUUCUGUUUUGUCCAUUAGAUACCACUCCGUCUUGCAGGGGUUCUUUCUUGUUCCACAAGAAAUUGCACGUCCAUUUCCAUCAGAGCUGAUCGCCUAUCAAUGUGCACUGGUCUAACACAGCCAACCCUUCCACACACACAUAGCACUAUGGUGACAGAGGAGGGGGAAAUCUACUGGAAAGGAUUCAGGAAUCCGUUGUGGUUGGUCCGGACGGAAGUUGGGGUACGUUUGGUUGGUCAGAGGGAGAUGCACUGGAGAUUGUGAACAUGCAUUCUGAAUUAUCUAUGAUAAGGCAGGGAAGGUUCAUGUGUAAGUAGUAAUGUGAACUGAAUUGCAUUGAGUGUGGCCUUUGUUGUGAUAUACUAUGUAUUUUUUAUAUGCAUGAUCCAAACUGUUACAACAUAAUUUAGCACUAAUGUCUGCUCUUAUUUUGAUCAUAUUCAUCACCCAUAUUAGUUCCUGGCUAUUAACUGUAGAUAGAUCAUGUAAUACAUCAACCUUUGGUUUUGUUGCUAUAUUCACUUUGGUUUGAUUCCAUACAAGGAAACACACACACAAAAAAAAAAAAAAAGAAGAAGAAGAAGAAAAAGGAGCUCCACUGAAUCCUCUAAAGAAAUGACAUUUUUACUUUGAACCAAAAAGAAAAAAAAUCAGAAGUAUACAUUACAUCUUGAGGCUAAUUAACAUAAGACAUGUUUAAUUAUGACUACUGUAAUAUGAUGCCAUUUGAAAUAACCAAUUCAGAAACACUAAAGAUUUCACAAUAUUCAUUGCUAUUGUAACAAAACUAUGAUGGUAUGGAGUUUUGUAUUGCUGUUAGGUAUUGUUUUAUGUGUGUGUGUGUGUGUGUGUGUGUGUGUGUGUGUGUGUGUGUGUUGGAACCUCCUGGGGACAUGUUAUAUUUUGGAGUGAUUUAUCUAUUUAAUUGUGUGUCUAUAUUUUGGAAUGGAAUUAUUUCUUCAUUAAAAAUGUUUUUAAAAACUC